AUGCUUUUACAAACUGUGAGUGAGAGGAAGUUUACGGGGAUCGCAGCGAAGCACGCGCUACAGCUGGGCAGGGUGGAUUUGUGAAGUUCUGCAUGCUGAAGCCACCGUCCAGAAAUUAAUGGAUAGACUCUCUUUUAAUUAGGCCAUGUAACACUACCGUUGAAAGCCAUGGGAACUAUCAAAGUGACAGUUGGACUGCAUCAAUAGCAUUUGUUUUCCAGAAAUUAAAUUCCCUAAACACUGAGAGAGAAAUAAAUAAGUAAUCUUGGGACUAUAGACACUCGAGCACUAAAACAGGCUGUGGUUUUAAGCACUUAAAAGGUUACACAAGGUAACACUAGUAACUAAAUAAAAAUUCGCGUUGAUGAAGGAGCCCCUAUCACCAGAGAUGCGUAAGACCCGCAGGAAAUUCAGACCAAGAAGACAAAGCUGACAAGCACAAACUGUAGGUGAACCGGACAGCCCACUUGAGUGUUGCUCGAGCAAGUGCACGGGACAUUUACCUGAACUUGCGAACACCGGAGCGGAACUUUCUGCUUUAAAACGGAGACAGACAAUUCGUUUAUUAUUUUGCAGACGUGUUCCCUAUGUUUGUAGCGGCACUUGAUCAAGAUAAAAGAAACGAAAGAAAUGUUUCCACUCGGUACUGAGACAUUCUUUGAUUCUUUGAAGUAGCAGGGUUCUGAUAGAAAAGUAAUUCCCUUGGUGUCAAGGAAAUUGAAUUUAACUACCCUAACGGUCCUUAUAUUAAAAAGAGUAACAGUAAUCAUUCACCAGAUGUUAUUUAUUUUCUGUUGCAAUUUAAUUUGAGCGCAUGCAACCUUCACGUUCUUUCUGAGGAACUGCACAACACGUGCCCGCGGAAUUGUUCGGAAUCUUCAGAUCCCAGAUUACAGUUUUUUUCUCAAUUUUAAUAUUUUCCUGAACUUGUCAUUUUGAAACCCGAAGUGGCUCCACAGUGGUGUUGCGGCUCCUCUUCCGCGGCGGAUCCGGAGAUCGGAGUCUCUGCAGCGGGAGGAGGCGGCGGUGGACCCCCGACACCCCCGACUCCCCCGCAGGGUCCCAAAACCGGCCGCGUUAGAAGGAUGGUUCGGCUGGUGGCAGAGUUGCUACUGCUGUUAGGACUUCUCCUCUUAACUUUGCACAUUACGGUGUUACGGAGCAGUCCGCUACCACAAGGAAAUGCUACACUGGAAAACUUGCAGAUUCCGUCGCUCGCUGAGAGUGAUGUCAGUGUGGAGAGAAGCUCCUCCCCCUCCGUCCACCAGCCGCCAGGCAUUGGUGGGACUCUACAGAGGGAUGGGCCCGGUGCCUUCGUCUUGGAUCUCCACAAGUUCCCCGACCUCGCCAAGGCCGAUAUGAACCGCCAGAACCCCAACAUUCAGGUGACCAUCGAGGUGGUGGACGGGCGGGAGGGGGCGGAGCCAGAGCAAGACCUGCGGAAGGAGAGCAAACCUGGGAGGGGUUCGUCCAGCUGGAGGGACUGGUGGAGCCGAUCGUCACCCUCAGUCGCCGGCGGCAACACCGGUGGUAACCCGGACGACAGCAACUUCCUCAAACCAGAGUGGGAACGACGAGGAGGCGGGGCCACCCAGAGAGGAGGUUUCGAGAGCAAGAAGCAGACGGAAUACGAUUACAUCGACGGCGACGGGGACUGGAGCGGCUGGUCGCCGUGCAGCGUCACCUGCGGCAACGGGAACCAGAAGCGCACCAGGUCGUGCGGAUACGCCUGCACGGCGACUGAGUCGCGAACCUGCGACAUGCCGGCCUGCCCAGGAAUCGAAGAUGCCUUCAGGACAGCCGCCACUGAAGUCAGUCUGCUUGCCGGAACGGACGAAUUCAACGCCACCGAGCUCUUCGGCGUCGACACAGACAGCUGCGAGAGGUGGAUGAACUGCAAGAGCGAGUUCCUGAAGAAGUACAUGCUGAAGGUGGCCAGCGACCUGCCCUCCUGCCCCUGCACCUACCCCACGGAGGUGGCCUACUCCUCGGCGGACAUCCGCGACCCCGCGGCGGGGCGGGACUUCCGCUGGAAGGACGCCAGCGGUCCCAAGGAGCGGCUGGAGAUCUACAAGCCCACGGCGCGCUACUGCAUCCGCUCGGCGCUCACCCUGCGCUCCGCCACCCUGGCGGCCCAGCACUGCUGCUACGACGACGGCAUGCGCCUCGUCACCCGCGGCAAGGGCGCCGGCUCGCCCAACCUCAUCAGCACCGAGUUCUCCGAGGACCUGCACUACAAGGUGGACGUCCUGCCCUGGGUCUUCUGCAAGGGGGACUGGAGCCGCUACAACCGGGCCCGCCCCCCGAACAACGGGCGGAAGUGCGAGGAGAACCCCGCCGACGACGAUUACAACAAGCAGAUCGAGGAGGCCAAGGAGUUCUGAGGCGGCUCCCGUCUCCCGGUCCCGCGCCAGGACCCGAGAAGGGGAAACCGGGAGAAAAGAAAAGAUGUCGGGCGUUAGGCAGGUGGCAGAAGCAAACCGCUGUCCGUCCUCUGGGUUGUUCGGGUAGAGAUUCGUGCCAAACAGAGGCCCGCGGCCUCGUGAGGCUGAGAGCUCUUCAGCGGAGACGGCAGAUUCUUGCAUCGCAUCCGUGUAAUCUAAUUUACUUCCCUAGAAACAAAUGUUGCUUAUUUUAGCAGACCCGAUGACAACAAACUUUUUUUUUUUUAAACUCUUAACAUCACAAAUCUUUUAAUGUUUUUUUUUUUUGUCCACCAGAACUUGUAUAUAAAUGUCAUCUGCUGUCAAUCAGUGUUGGCCAUCAAAAGGAGGAAAUGUAUUUUUUUCUGUUGUACAAAGGGAAAAUGAGACCCUUUUUGGGGUUCAUGGGUAUUGUAGUUAAUGUGGUAUGUGUUUACAAUGCCAACAUGGGUGAAGCAGAUGUAAAAUUAAUAUAAAAAAAUAAAAAACUUGGGCCAUGUACAGUUUUUGAAUGAGGCGGCUGUUUCACUUCUAACAGUGACUGAUGCUUGGACUUGAACAUCUGCCUUCUGUUUCUGCAGAUAAAGGGAAAAAGGGAAGCUAAACUUUUAAAUCUAAUUCUCGACAAAAGGGAUCCAGUGUGGUGACCAGACAGGGCACUCAGUGUGUCUGUCUGUCUGCAAACAGAAACUAUUUACAGGGACUAAAAGCUACCAGGACCAGAUGCUUUCUGUAUUCGAAGAGUGCAAUCUUCUCCAAACCUGGGUUUGGGUUUAAUAUUCAGGUUUCUCUGUACAUUCAUAAACUUGUUUAUUUAGCAUGCAUCAAAAAAACAACAUACAGUCCAAUUUUAUUUUUAUUUUUAUUAUAUUAUUAUUAUUAUUAUUGUUAUUAUUAUUAUCUUUGACCCUAUGUCAUUCUUGCUCAUGUAAAAACUGCAUUAUUUUUGUAAAGUAUUUAUUAAAUUGUAGCUAUGCUUCAUUCAUUGAGUAUUAUUCUUAGGCGGACAACGUUUGGUGUCGGCGAGGGACUUCUGAGAGAUGAAUGUUUAAAUAAAAGCAUUAAAUGACGUUAAAUCAAACACA